AUGGCCUCUUGUUGGAUGGAUAUAGUCGAUGACCUAUCUGACUCCAAAGACCCACAUUCCUUUUCCAGUGAUAGUCACAGUAAAGUCCAAGAAGCUUCCAAUUACCCUUCCUUUUCGGGCUCUGAAAACUCUGCUAAUCCUACAGCAUCAGAGCAGCAGUGCCCCGACGUCAAAUCACUGGCUUUCGCAUCUCCCUCUAUUUCUGCAACAACUCUCGUCACCUACCAACCAUCCCUUAAAGGCAAUCGACAAGUCGGAAAGACGUUUGCGUCGUCGAAGUGUCUCGAUAGUUCUUUAGAAUGUUCCCACCAAUCCAAACGCCGCAAGUACCAGCCCUGCCUACAGUCGAAGGCUUCCAGCUUGGAUCUUUGUCCGGAAUUUGUCUCCUCUUCCAAUAAUGCGGAUGGUUUAACUUGUCGCGAGGAGCGAAUUGUGACGCGUACCGCCUCCUCUUUACAGCCAAUUGAGUGGUCUCGUCUUCCUUCAGCUUCCUCUGAUUGGGUUUGUGUCUUGUUUCAUUUGUGUUUUUUUCUUUAA